UUCAGUACCAAAAGCGGUAACCCCGAGCUACACUCGGGAAUACCCUGCAGCGUUGCACAGAGAUUCCCUGCAGCGCUUACCUUGUCCUUGCCUCCCGCGAUGCUUCCUCUGCAGCGUCCCCGGCCAUCUCCUCCGGCAUCCAGCUUCCGUGUUCCGGUCCCUGUGACGUCGGGACGUACGGGCGCCGGAACCGGCGGCAAAUUUGAAAAUUUAAAAAAAAUGAAGUUUUUUUUAAAAUGAUUAUUGUGUCCCGAGUGCUUUGUCCGGCGCCCUGUCUGCAUUUUUACUGUUCUUUCUG